UCCAGAUGGCGCUUACCUCAAGCAGCUCCUGGAAGCAGCGGCAUGUCCGCUCUCUGACUCCUAGGCAGAGGCAUGGCCAGGCAGCUCUGCGCUCUGCCCCAUCCGCAGGCGCUGCCCCUGCAGCUCCCAUUGGCCGUGGUUCCCCGGCAAUGGGAACUGUGGAGGCAGCACUUGGGGCAGGGGCAGCGUGUGAAGCCCCCUGGCUACCUCUACAUGAGAACUGGAGGGGGGGACAUGCUGCUGCUUCUGGGAGUUCCACAGUCACAGCAUGCACUCUCCGGCUGGAGCUCGAGGGCUGGAUUAAAACAUCUGCAGUACCAGAUGUGGCCCCCGGGCUGUAGUUUGCCCACCUCUGCCCUAAGCAAAGCAGUGGAGAUACUUGAUACUAUGUGCAGUUAAGUGCGCUGAUAUCUUGAUGCCUGGCAAACUACAAGAAGACUAGUUCAAACCGGAAUUAUUCUGGGAAGUUCUCUAGCCUGUGUUCCAGAGAAGGUCAUAAAUUCUAAGGCCAGAAGGGACCAUUGUGAUCAUCUAGUCUGAUAUCGUGUAUGGUACAGGCCAGAGAACUUCCUCAAAAUAAUUCCUAGAGCAGAUCUUUCAGAAAACAUCCAAUCUUGAUGUAAAAACAGUCAGUGAUGGAGAAUCCACCGUGACCCUGGGCAAGUUGUGCUAUUGGUUAAUUACUCUGUUAAACAAGUAAGCCUUAUUUCCGAUCUAAAUUCGUCUAGCUUCAACUUCCAGCCCUUGGAUCAUGUUAGACCUUUCUCGGAUAGACUGAAGGAGCCCGUUAUUAUUAAAUAUUUGCUCCCCAUAUAGGUACUUAUAGACUGUUAUCAAGUCACCCCUUAACCUUCUUUUUGUUAAACUAACUGGAUUGAGCUUAGAGUCUAUCACUAGGCCGGUUUUCUAAUUAUUUAAUCAUUCUCAUGGCUGUUCUCUGAACCCUCUCCAAUUUAUCAACAUCCUUCUGGAACUGUGGGUGCCAGACCUGGCCACAGCAUUCCAGCAGCGGUUGCACCAGUGCCAAAUACAAAGGUAAAAUAACUUCCCUACUCUUACUCGAGAGUCCCCUGUUUUAUGCAUCCCAGGAUCAUAUCAGCUCUUUCGGCAACAGCAUCACACUGGGAGCUCAUGUUCAGCGGAUUAUCCCCCGUGACUCCUAGGUCACACUGGAUGAUCAGGGUGGUCCCUUUUGGCCUUAGAAUCUAUGAAUAUUCCCCAACCAUCUAACCCAGAACCCUCUCCCAGAGCUGCCUCUUACCUUCCGGGCCCCCCAUCUUAUCAAUAAUUUUAACUGCCACUUUCUGCUGGUGCUUUUUUGAGAAGGCCUCUUUCACUUUUGAGUACGUCCCCUCCCCAAUGGUCUUGCCCAGCUGGUAGCCAUUGGAGAAUAAAAACUCCUCCAUCUCCUCUCUGAAUUUUGGACUGGUCAUUCUCUCAGGUCAUCAUGUAGAUCCUGGGAGAUAACAUGUCUGUGCUCUGCUUCUCUCCCUAACCAGGGCCUGCAAGGGUUGCAGCCCUGGACACUAGAUCAUUUUCCUGCCUAGACAAAGUCCCGUGAUGACGGGGGCAGCUGGGGUGGGACAUUUUAAAACUUUCAGCCCCUAUUAUGAUGUAACCUUGUGUUGCAUAGGCCAAAGGGGUUGGAUUUGCACCAAUCGGGGGGGGGAAGCACCCCAAAUGGGCAGUUACUUAACCUGCCCACAACCUUGCACUGAGUCACUCCAGGCGCAGUGAUGGGAUAAAUCUCCAGAGACCUCUUGGUGGGGAUCGUGGGUAAGGGGCUCCUAUAGCAUAGAGUUACACAGGCUUUGGCAUAAUGAACAGACCCCAAAUAUUCCCCAGUCUGCUGCUGUAUUAUGACUAAAUGUGCAGAUCUGACCAAGUUUUCAAGACUGGAUCCAGGUGAAUUUGAGGGUGGGAGAGGGAGGGUCCAGACCAGACCUCAAAUGAAUACAAGGGCUGGGAUGUCUGUUUGUAUUGCAUAGUGCUUAACAAUACUACCUAGCUCUCAUCUAGCACUUUUCAUCCAUAGACCUCAAAGCGCUUUACAAAGGUCAGUAUAAUUAACGUCAUUUUACAGAUGGGGAAACUGAGGCGGAAAGAGGGAAGUGACUUGUCCAAGGUCACCCAGCAACCCAGUGGCAGAACCAAGAAUUUAACUCAGGCCUUCUGAGACCCAGUCCAGUGUUCUAGCCAAUAGGCAACACUGCUUCCUUUCUUUAGGGAGCCUUUGUCCUGGGCAUUGCACAGACAUGGAACAAGUGACAGUCCCCGUCUCAAAGAGCUCACAACCUGAGUCUCUGAUCAGAUGGACCUGGUUGGUCAAACAAAUUGGCAGGAUGGCUUUAUUUGUUUAGUUUCAGUUUACAGGACAGGGUAGGAGUCCAGUGUGAGGGGCUACCCCAGAUCUCCCUCGAAACCCCACGUUGUAUCCCGAUGGGGAUCAGCUUCCAGGAGGGAGCGAAGAUCAACCCCAAAUACAUCUCUGAUCUGGGCACGGUCGAGGAAGGGCCCUUCUCGUCAUGAGACCUGGAGCCUUUUGGGGAAAACCUGGGGCCGGCAGAGACAGUUCCUCUGUUCACCUUUACAGCAUGGUGGUGCUUUGACCCGAGUCUAGCCCUAGAUGAGAACUAGGUCAGUCUAUUGCUCUGAUACUGCUGCCCCUCAUGCUGACCAGUAUUGUCUCAUGGUUUCCUUGUGCUCCCCCAUCUGUCAUUUCUCAUGUUAUACUUAGAUUGUAAGCUCGGUGAGGCAGGGCCUAGCUUUUUGUUCUGUAAUUGUACAGCACCUCGCACACGGUCCAGGACUGGGGCUCCUAGCUGCCACUGCAGUCCAAAUAAUAAAUCAUAAGUAAGAAGGCCUGGGCCUGAGUCUCGUGCCUGUGAGAAGGGAGAAGGUCGUACCCUGCCACUCACAGGUUGCAUUGUGAUGUCAGAGCAGCCCUUCCGUGUCACAGUGUAACAGCCUUCGUGCCUCCCACUGGCCCCCGUCACAUCUUGCCCUUUGCACUAGGCACUGCAGGCUGCCAGGUUUAUUCUUGGGAACCCUCUUGAGCCUUCAAGAGGUGAGCGUAGGCCAGAGAAGGGUGCAGCAGCUUGGGGCGGGGGUGGGCCUGAAAUUGUGGGCUCACCGGGCCCAGUCACGCAGGUGCUGACCUUGGUCCUCCUUUUCCUUAGACAGGUCUGGGGCUAGGACAUGAGCUCCCAGGAGACCCCACAAGCUCGGAGAUUUCCCAUAGAGGCAGGAGAUUCUCCCAGCCUGGUAGCUGCUCCAGAGACCCAAGAGCCAGUUGCCACUGAGCACACUGCAGCAAGGCAGCUGAGAAGAUGCCCCGGAUGCCACUGCCUGACCCUGCCCAACGUUCCCAUUGACGUUUACAUUGCCAUGGGCGGGAACGGGAGGCCACGGACCACCUAACGGUUCCCCUGAGUUGGGCUCGAGUGCUGAGGCCGCCGAGCUGGUCACCCGAAACACCCUGACAGCUGGAGAACCGCAAAGGACGCCGCCGCCACACAAAACAGUGACGCACAUUUUAAUAAAAGGACAUCUUAGAAUGUUCCUUUGCUCGCUGUGCUGCGCCCGGAGAGCAGGAGUUCUCCCAUCUUCCUAUGGGAUCGCCUGGGCCCCCUCACUGGCAGAGGGGUCACAGCAAAACAAGCCAUUCGGGCCGGGUUUGCAGAAUGGGGUCACUGCAUUACCCCUCAGCCCAGCAGGGGGUGCUGAGGUCCUAGCUCACUGAAGGGGGUCUUGAAUGAAGUGGGGUCAGUGCUCUGCCUAGGUGUAUUGCCCUCCCCCUGGAGUGUCUCUCUCCCCUCCCAGCACUAGCGGUGGGGUGCAAGGGAGACCUGCCUACUCUGACUCUUAGCCUCAGGCUCCGGCUUUCCCCAUCCCUGUCCAGCUGACGUGCUCUGGCUUGCCUGGCACGAGACUCCGCAGCCCGGGGGAAAGCAGAGAGCAUCAGCUCCUUGCCUCCCAGCUCCCGCCCCGCCCCUCCAGUCGCAAGGCCAGGUUUGGCUGGGUGGCAGCAGCAGCCGCCUCCUCCAUCCCUGAGUCUGACCCACCCCCUACCAGUUGGUGCGGGGAGGCUAACUUGGUUUUUGUUGGAGGGCCUGAUUUGGAGAUGACACCUUUUUGGAGGGGAUUGAUUUAGGGGAGGGAAGGAGGCUGGAUGUGGGAGGAGGUUAGGGUGGGGAACGAGUGAUGGGGUGGGGUUGAUUUUGGAGAAGGGGAGCAUGGAUUGUGUAGGGGCCAAAUAGUAGCUGGAUUGCGUGGUGAGCUGUGCAGGGCGGGGACCCUCCCCAAAUCAUCUCCACAGGGGCACUGCCAAACUAGCUUCAGUAUCCAGGGCGGGAAGAGCGAGGCAGAGGGGGCCCUGGUGCUAAGUGUAUGUCCUAUGCAAACUGCUUCUCUUAGGCUUUUUCGUGGGCCACAGCAGGCAGAUCUGGCUGCUGGUAAUAGGUGGAGGCGAGAGUGCGGGUAGGGAGGGGGCAGCAGCUGGGUCACACAGCCCAGCUUGUUCUGGGCAGGAGACGUGCUAGCAUGGCCUUUCCUUUAAGGUGGCAUGAUCACAUGCCUCCAAAGUCACAUGACUUGGCUAAGAGGGUGCACUCUGGGUGCUGUGCCAUGCCUCCAUCCUUGGAAAGCUUGAGGCCAAAGGGGAGAGCAGAUCUGCCCCUCUGGGACCCAGCUGCUUCUCGCACAGCCCAGCAAGGUUCUCCCUCCCUGCUCUGGCCCUGAUGCAUUUGAGUAACUCCAAACAGUUGAUUAAAGGGUACCUGUGAGUGGCUGGAGCAGAGAGGAUCCCAUUCCUCCACCCCAGGCUGGGCUUAGUGAAACACCCAGGGUUGGAGCCAGCCCAGGUGCUGGCCAAGCUGACAUGGGCUCUUUUUCCCCAUGAUCUUGGCUUGUAUUUAAUUUUGUAGAAACAACCAAUUGGGCACAAAGAGCAGAGCAAAUCCAGCUGCCUCCACCCAGCGGCUUGCAGGCUCACUGCAGAAAGGGUCCCCUGCAAUGGGCAUUGCCCUCAGUCCUCGCCUUUCCCAGCUAAGAGUCACCACUGGGCCACUCUUGGGGAGGCCCCUUGCCUCUGUUCUCUAACCUCAGUUGCCUUUCCAGGCUGUGUGCACCUGAGCCAGCUGCGCAGGAAGUUGCUACCUCAGCUCCUGGAGCAUUUGUCGCAGGUAACAGAACUUGCUCUGCGUCGCUUUCACAGAGAUGCUGGAAAGUGUGUGGUCACUGGAUUUCCCCGGGCCCUACUAGCCUGGAACUAACACUGAUCUUCUGUACUCGGCCACAAUAAAACUUUGCUUUUAA